AUGAAACAAUUUAUGGUAUGGGUCUUUGUUUUAAUGGUUGGUUUGGUUUUUGGGGCUCCUCAAUAUGCAUAUGGUCCACCCAACUACCAAAGUCCUGGAUUAAUUUCUGGUAUUUCACACGGACCUGCCUUAGAUAUUAGAGGAAGUGGAAGUCAAUUUGUCGGUGGAAGUUCUGGAGUUUCUUCACAUAUUGGUCAUGGAAUUUCUUCAAAUGUUGGAGGAAAUUUUGGCUCUCAUUCUGAACAACAUGCUGUAGGAUCACAGCAAGCAAUUGUAACAAAACAAUUCUUUAUUCAUUCAGCCCCAGAAGAACAAGAUGAAAUUGGCGGCGAUAAGGUUGUAAAUUUGGGACCAGUUCGAAAACAUUAUCGUGUUGUAUUUAUUAAAGCACCACAUCAAAAUAUUCAAGGCGGAAAAGUUAAAUUUUUAGCACCAUCUAAUGAAGAAAAAACCGUGAUCUAUGUGUUGAGUAAGAAAACUGAUUUGGCUGAUAUUGCCGCUGAUGUACAACAAGCUCAAUCAGAACCAACAAAACCAGAAGUACACUUCAUUAAAUAUAAGACACAAGAAGAAGCCAUCCAUGCACAAAGAACUAUCCAAGCACAAUACGAUCAACUGGGUGGUACAUCGCAAGUAUCCGACGAAGGUGUUGCACCGGUGCAAUCAGUAAUAGGAGUUUUAGGAGAUUCAGCGAACGAUAUUGAUGGUGGUGGAAUUGGUAGUGCUAUUGGUAAUGCUGGCAACAUUGUUCAAGGCUCAAAUUCAAUUGGAAUAGCCGGAUCUAGUAUAAGUAAUGGUAUUGGUGAUUCCACUGGAACAUAUUUGCCACCGAGUUAUUAA